AAAAGGAAAAGAAAAGUCGUUAGCAGAGUGCUGAGGGAGUUUGAAGUUUGAAGUUUGACGCAUGCAGUGUGACUCGCAAUGGCGACGACGUGUUUCAUGGUUCUCACAGUCACGGAUGCUACCCCUUGACGCCGUUUCUUACCAUCAUUCACUUCCCUACUCUGCCAAUUUUUUCCCUCUCUUGAUUCUUUCCUCUGAGAAUUUCUGACUUUGGAUUUUCUAGCCUCAUUGUUUUAGUUCUUCAGUUUUGAUUCACUGCCUUAGAUUCUGCCAUGGAUAACCAAGAUUAUAGAACAACUCACACUCAAGGAGACGAGACUCAUCAUGUAUGUCACAGAUGUGGGUGGCCUUUCCCGAAUCCACACCCGAGUUCCAAACACAGCCGUGCUCACAAGAAAAUUUGUGGAACCAUUCAAGGUUUCAAAUUGUUAAUUUCAGAGUCAGAGACCCAAACUCAUUCUAACGCUUCAGAUGAUGAUGAUGAUCGCAACACAAACACACAAGGUUUAAAUGCCUUGGAUACUAGUAAAAUUGAUAAAGGUUGUGAUGGAUCUGGGGGAAGUUUAAUUAGAUCAGGUGAUGAGGUGUUUUUAGAUGCAAUUGCAAACUUCUCAGAUGGUGGUUUGGACUCAACUUCUGAUGUGGUGAUAAUCAAUACAGAAUAUCCAGAAAUUUCAGGGAGUUCUGAGAACAAUUCUGAAGUUGCGAAUGAUGAGAUUGAGAUUGACUCAGACGAAGACAUGGUUGAGAUUGUGGUAGCUUUUGAUAACACUUCAGUUGAAACAUGUAAGGGAGUUCCUGAAUUAGCAGCUAGUGAUCUGGUUAAUCUGAAGGAUAAGAACUGUGCUGAGUUUAUUUCUGUUAUUCCACAAGAUGAACUUCCUCUUGAAGUAAAUUCUACUGUAAGCACUUUCACAAACGGUAUUCAGGUAGAGUCUACGCAAAUUAUACAAUUUGCUACUUCUGGUGAUGUCAAGAUGUUGCAGCUGGAAAGGGGAGAAGGAAAUAUGAAUAUGUUUACACGUUCUUCUUGUGAUGAUGGAUCUGAAAUGUCUCAUCCUCAAAAUGAGUAUGAUGAUGUUAAAGAUCAUGAAGCAGAGUUAUUACAAAACUCUUUGAGCCUACGUUCAUCGGAAGCAUUAAAACAAAAGCGAGAUGGUUUGAAGGGUUCUGUUUCUGAAGAAAGUCAAUCGAGUGAAAAAGGAGAGAUUCUUUCUUCAGCUGUGCAAGUUUUGGACGGUAGCAUGAAGGGGAAGAACAAUUGUAAGCUUUGGGAAGAAGAAAUGCGUGCUGAAAAGAGCAUUGAAGAACAAGAACCUGAUGCUGAAACUAGAGCGUCUAUGAGUGCUAUGAAAACUGAGAUGAAUGAGAGCUAUAUCAUUCACUAUCGUGAGGAAGAAGAAUCUGAUGCUGCUCGUAGAAAUUUACAACAGAUAAAUUUACCAAACAGCAGUUUCAUUGCCGUAUCAAAAGAGAAGAAUCCCAGUUGUGCAUCCUUUGUUGGUUCAACUAAUGAAACACCUGGUCCAAUUAGCACAGUUAAUGUAAGUCAUCAUGAGAAAAACAUGAAGAACAUGAAUGAAGUAGCUGUGGAUGGCAAGUGCACAGGAGCUAAUGUUGAAAAUGAUAACGGAAUAAUCAGGAUCAAAACUCUUCAAAGCAGUGAACUGCAUUUCGAAGCUGAGUCAACAAGUGGUGGAAUAUAUUGGAGUGAUGAUGCUUUUGAAAUGGGUAGAAUUGAAAAAUGUGACAUAACUGAUGGUCAAUGUAUGGAAAGGCCCCUUGUGAAAGACAUCAAAGAUGAUGAAAUCAAUAGUGGUGGCAGGGGAACUAUAGAAUGUGAAAGGUAUAUUGGUUCUUCAGUUGAUGAUUCAUGCCAAGCACAAGAUGAAGAAUUAUUACUGAACGCUACAGAACACCUUGAUCAAACAGUUGCCUCCACACAAUCUGAUAUUGUAAAAGCUGUUAUUGAUGCCGAAGAUUUACCAUCAACAGAAGUAGGGAGAUCCAACUCAAAGGCUGCAUUGGAGAGACAUCACUGUGAAAAUCCAGAAAUGUUUGAGCCGCCAUCUUUCAUGACAUUGGUUGAACCUGGACAUAGGGUUGGUCCAGAAGCUCCUGCAUCUGAAGUCCAACAACUUCCCAGUUGUACCUCUUUGCAAGCUGGUUGGUUUCCCACUAUAACUACGGUUACUAAUGAGUCUCGAGGGAGAAAAAGGAAUGAAGAAACAAUAGCCAAGAUAACAAACGGAAGCACCAGUAAGCUGCUGAAACCUCUCAAGAGUCUAUCAAGUGAAGCUUCCCAUGACAAGAAACCCAAGUCUCCGAAAUUGGAAGAAACUUCAGUGAAUCAGAAUAAAAGUGAAGUUCGAGGAAAUAAUGGUUCUGGUUCUGGUCUUAAAUCACCUGCCACUCAAGCUGUGGAAGGAGAAGGUGUAAAAGAGUGGAGCUCCCCAGGACGAAACCCUGCAGGCAAUAAGACACAAAGUAAGAAAGUAAAGAGCAGACCAUAUUGGUUACAAUUUGUAUGCUGCUCUUCUGACACUGCUUCUCAGCGAAGAGGGUAGAAGAUUGCUAGCUAAGUUGUGGUGAUAAUACCUCGUUGCUCUUCCCUCUACACUGCUUCUUGACGUGCUGUUUUGCUAUUAUCUUUUCUUAGUUAAUCUGCCAUGGACUUAGGAAUACAUAUUUCAUCAUUUGUUUUAUCUUGGUCUUUUGUUAAUCCUACACCCUCUUUUGAUACGGACACAAAAGCUUUGUUCACUCUUCUGUGUUUAGAGAUUAGACCGUUCAACCCCCGUCCUCACCUUUGUAGCAAGUAGAUUCAUGAGCUGUUAUUGCCCAUGAAUCCGCUAAACAACUUUUAUUUCAAGGGAAACCCCAUGAAUCAAGCAGACCUAAUGUCCAAAACAUGAUUUUUGGGAAGCAAAUGAUCUCAAGGUUGGAUAAACUCAGGCUUGCUCGGUAUGAGUUUAGGUAGUCAAAUAGAUUUCCUUGAAGAUUGGUUUGCAUGUGCUAGCUAAAUGUAGAUUCAGUGAAAAUAGACAAAAAAAAUCAGGGCAUUGGCACUUUUUCUUAGUACAUUGAGGAGACAGCCAAGCAGCUGGUGAUGGUUCUUUGAACCUUCAACUAGCCAAAGAUCAAGGAAUUCUGUUGGGUAUUAAUUAGAAGUUGAUCCUAGCAUGCUGUGAAUAUCCAGCUGUAAAGCAAGAAGACAAAUUAAUGGAUAGACUUCCUCAAGACACACACUAACUUAUUACGUUUGAUGAUGUGCCUUGUCUCACACUAAAAGAAAUGCAAUAAGAUAACUCAUGUCUUAGCUAUUCUAGACUUCUAGCAAAGUAAUAUAGUUAGUGUGUCUUGAGGAAGUCUAUCCAUUAAUGUGUUGUGGAUAUUCUACCAGUUACUAGUUUGGUGAAUUGCCACUUUUAACAUUUAAAAAAAAGUCGGACAAUUGAGAUUAGGUUUUUGGUGAAGGUUCAAAGAUAGUUACUAGGUUAAUGUCAUCAAAGUUACUUUCUCUUAUUGAAACUUGCAUUUUUUUAUGAACAGGAAGUUUAUGUGGCUCUUGUCGCAUCAUUUCCAUUUAACUCA